AUGACUGUUGAAACUGUUCCUGCUACAUUUAAAGGUUAUGGUGUUGAUUCACCAGAAAACUGGAAUAAACCAAAGUUAGUCGAAUAUGCCAGAAAAAAGAUUAAUCCAAAGGAUGUUGUCGUCAAGAAUGUCUGUUGUGGUUUAUGUGGUUCUGAUAUCUUAACUUUAAAAUCAUCAUGGGGUGAAUUCAAUAGAAAAGAUCAAGUUGUUGGCCAUGAAAUCGUUGGUCAUGUCAUUGCUAUUGGUGAAGAAGUUACUGAAUUCAAAAUCGGUGACAGAGUUGGAAUUGGUGCUUAUUCUUCUUCUUGUUCUGAAUGUUCAAGAUGUAAAUCUGAUAAUGAACAAUAUUGUACUCAUGGUGUUGGUACUUAUAAUGCUGUUGAUACUAAAGCUGACAAUUAUGAAACUCAAGGUGGUUACUCAUCUCAUUCCAUUGCCCAUGAACAAUUUGUUUUCCCAAUCCCAGAAGCUUUAUCUUCAUCUGAUGCUGCUCCUUUAAUGUGUGCUGGGUUAACUGUUUUCUCUCCAUUAGUUAGAAACAUUGGUUAUGAUGCCACUGGUAAAACCGUUGGUAUUAUUGGUAUUGGUGGUUUAGGUCAUUUAGCCGUUCAAUAUGCUAAUGCCUUAGGUGCCAAAGUUGUUGCUUUCUCAAGAACUUCAUCUAAAAAGGAACAAGCUAAAAAAUUAGGUGCCCAUGAAUUCAUUGCCACUGCUGAAGAUAAAAAUUGGACCACUGAAUAUGCUGAUACUUUUGAUUUCAUCUUAAAUUGUGCCUCUGGUAUUGAUGGUAUUAAUUUAUCUGAUUACUUAGGUACGUUGAAAGUUCAACAAAAAUUCGUUUCAGUUGGUUUACCACCUGUUAAAGAUACUUUUGAAAUCUCUCCAUUUUCAUUCUUACAUCAUGGUUCUUCAUUUGGUUCUUCAUUAUUAGGAUCUAAAAAGGAAGCUCUUGAAAUGUUAAAGAUCUCUGCUGAAAAAGGUGUUAAACCUUGGGUUGAAGAAAUUCCAAUCAGUGAAGCUGGUUGUAAUUCCGCUUUAACUAGAUGUGACAAUGGUGAUGUCAGAUAUAGAUUUGUCUUCACUGAUUAUGAAAAGGCUUUUGCUUAA